AGCAUUCUUCGACCCCCAGCAAUGCAAAAUCUGCUCGUGCCACCUCUGACUUUUCUCACAGCUGCUGAUGGGUUGAUUGUGUGACUGCGGAAAUGGAUAAAAGCCCCCCCAUCCAAACAAUGACUAUCAUCAGUGCAGAUCCACUGCGGAGGCAGAGGCCUUGCUGGAAUGAAGCCACGCCUCACUCCAGACCCUACAUGGCUGCCUUGCUGAAUUACCGUAACAAGACCAUCUGUGGCGGAUUCCUCGUGGGAUGCCAGUGGGUCAUGACUUCUGCGCGCUGCAAAAUUUCCGGGUUUAAUACGGUUGUUGUCCUGGGAGCACAUGACCUCUGGGCCAAUGAAUCUGCCCAAGAACACUACCUAGUGGAGCAAGCCUACCAGCAUGAAAAUUAUAUGUUUCAGAAUAACACCUUUUCAAAUGAUAUCCUUCUGCUCAAGCUGCUGUCAAAGGUUCGUCUGAGUAAAAACAUUCAACCCCUGCCAUUGCCAACAUCUAGCCGUGACCUCUCUGAGGGGACACUCUGCAGUGUGGCCGGCUGGAGCCCGUAUCAGGAUGAUUGCAAAUUUAUGCUCUAUGAGGCCAACGCCAGCAUCUACGACCGAAGCAAGUGCCAGAAGUUCUAUCCCAAGAUCGAUUAUGGAAAGAUCUGCGCAGGCAACCGUGAAGACGACUCUCAGUUAUUUAUCCAAGGGGAGAUGGGUGAUCCUUUGGUGUGCAAUGGCGUAGCGCAUGGAAUCCUCUCCUACAGAAACCCCUGCCCUCCUGCCGUUUACACUCAUAUUGCCGAGUAUAUUCCUUGGAUCGAGGAAACCAUGGCCAAGUGA